AUAUUUAUGUGAAUGAGAUGAUCAUUGCAACACACACCAGCCAGUAAGUUACUUACAAUGACCUGACUUUUCUAAUAGGUUUCCCGGAUAAGAGUGGGAAGCAGGAGGGAAUCUUGAAGGGCGGUGCUUGCUGGGCCGGUAACCGAACAGGGCGCUUUCGAAGAAAGAACAUGAGGCCGCCGCGUGAUCUCAGCAGCAAGGCUCAGGUGCUUGAAGGCGCCGUGCGACUUGCACUAACUCCUUCGCCCUUCCUGUAGUCGCCCCACGGUCCUCUAGGAUGGCCUCGCCUCUGAUACUAUCCUAUAUCGAGUUGCAGAACGCGCAAGGCGUAGAAUCCGUCGAACUCCACCUCAAUAGCGUUAAGUACUCCAUCGCUAAAAGUCAGGAGAAGAGGGACACUUUUUCGAAGGCUUUUGAUAAGCCAUUGACAUUGGGAACAGGGCCGCUUUCUCUCUCUGUAAGCCGAAAGAGGUGGUGCUCAUGCUUUGGCGAAACUGUGCCAGAAACCAUCGAACUUCGCUCCGAUGAGGUCCGGUCCAAGUUAGAUGGAGAAGAGUCUCUUCACGCACGGGGCAAAGUAUCCAUCAAGCUCCGCUUCCUGCCCCAAGCUCAGUCAGGUGUUACGCCUCCGACUGUGCCUGCAAAGUCCGGGGCUCCACAACCAAUCACUGCGCAAUCAGUCGUUACUCAUUCUACUCCAGCCCAGGACACAGUUCGGAGUACUGGUACACCUGUACCUGUCCACUCGCCUCCAACUGCCGACAUAUCUCCAACUGCAGGCACACUUGCACCUGCCAAUCGCGAGGGUCUACGGCCAACCACUGAAGACCUCAUUCGGGAGUGUCCUCGUUUCCGAGUCUUGGUAGUUGGAAAGUCAGGUGUUGGAAAAUCCACUUUGAUCAAUCGAAUCUUCGGCGUGAGCACUGCGAAUGUAGCAAAGGAUAAACCAGGGGAAGCAGACAUUGAACAGGAAUUCACUUCGCCAGAGAACGACCGGCUCAUUUUGCAUGAUAGCAAAGGUUUUGAGGCAGGCGAUGCUGGCAACUAUGACACCGUGAAGUCAUUCAUAGUAAAGAGGAAGAAAGAACCCAAAAUCAAAGAUCAGCUUCAUGCGGUCUGGUUGUGUUUUCAGAUACCCAUUCCAACGUACGGUGAACGACUUUUGGAGGACGCUGCAGAAGCGUUUUUGAAAAUAAGGAAGGAAGUCCUAGGGAAUACGCCGACGAUAGUCGUAUUCACGAAACAUGACCGGCUCGUGAUGUUCAUGCGGCAGAGAAUGCCAAACGAUCCUGAAGCAGGACAACGAUAUCUGCAAGAGGAAUGCGUCCAGCAAAUCAAAGACUUUACUGGAGAGAAUAUUGCACAUGUUGCAGUUAGCUCGAAACCCAGAUAUGAGCACGAGCUUAGGGACCUAAUAAGCCUCACUCAGGACAUGGUAUCUAUGAGUUUCACCUCCCCGGGGAAUGAAGUAUCGCCAGUGCCUCUGGCAGCUGCAGGGGCACAACGAAUGUUGCCUAUAUUGAAGGUUGAGUUAUCAAUUGCCGUAGGAAGGCAGAGAUACUGGAGGGUAAUGGGUGCCAGCGCAAACUUUCCGGGUUACACAAUGCAGGAUUGCCUUCGUGUCAUACACAAUGACAUCGUGGCGGUCUGGAAUUUUUAUGAUCCUUGCCAAUACCUGAAUAGUGAGGAAUUCCGAAAGGUGAUGAUGAACAUGGUUGAGAGAGUUGAUCCACCGGCCUCCCCCUCCCGGAUUGAUACUGACACAUUAGCCGGGGGAGUCCCUCUCAUCGCUCUAGCUCCUGUAAUGCUGCCAUUAAAUGCUUUCCUUACCCUUGGCAAGUGGGUUUUUGCAGCAUACCAGGGACUACAAGGCGUUCCCACAAAGUUCAUGGCUUACAUUGUUGAUUUGACGCACGUACUGGAAAUACUGUUUGCACUCACAGCUGAGAUGAGGGCAAAGAAGCUUACUCGCACGGCGAUUAAGAUUGCAUAUAAAGCCUACCUUGAAUCGGAAUGGAUGACGCACACCCACACGGACAUUAGGUAUUUCCGAUGUUCGGCUAAGGAUCGUGACGAUGUCCUCGACAAGAUCACAUCCAUGAUCCCUUCAGGCGACAGGGAAGAUCGAGUUUCUCGGGCGCUCCAAAGCAAGCCGUCGGUUAACCUGGAAAGAGAUGAAGAGUGGACGAGCGAAGAAGUCUCUCGAUGAAGCCUGCG